AUGGUGGAAGAAGGAGAGAGGAAACCAGUGCUGGAAAUGGUCCAAGCAGCUGGAACAGAUGGAAAUUGUGUCACAUUUGUGUUGUAUGAUGAAGACCAUACACUAGGAAACUCUCUACGUUACAUGAUCAUGAAGAACCCAGAAGUGGAGUUCUGUGGAUACAGUAUCACUCACCCAUCAGAAAGCAAAAUUAAUUUCCGCAUCCAGACUAAAGGGGGUCUUCCAGCUGUUGAGCCUUUUCGGCAAGGCCUUAAUGAGCUCAUGGAUGUUUGUCAACAUGUGCUUAAUAAAUUUGAAGCAAGUAUAAAGAACUAUAAAGAUCAAAAAGAAGUUGAAAUGGAAUAGUUAAUCUGCCUUUGAUCAGAUCAGAAUGUGAACCUGUGUAUUGUUACCUCAUUUUUAUAGAAUUGAUCUGUUCCUUAAAAAGUUAUCUCUGGGGUCAAUUUGUGUAGAUUGAAUCCUAUUUUUAGAAUUAUUUUUGUUAUAAUAUACUAUGUUUAAAGAACUGGAACAAUGAAAUUACACAUAAAGCAAUAAACCUGAAACAAGGGAAAGCCUUCAAGUAUUUUCUGAUUAAAUGAUUUCCUCAAUAUUCUUAUCUGUCAAUGAUAUCAAUCCAUUUCCUUUUUAGCAACAGUGUAAUUCUUAAUUAUUUUCCAUGUUGUCAUAGACCAUCUUAUUGUGCUGGGAAAUUUCCUGUACAUAAUUUUAUAUUUCUUGGUUUUCAUAUAAUUUUUUAUUAGGGCUUAAAGGCAAAUGCCUUUUGUCCCGCUUUAAAGCUCACAAUUUCAUAUAUAAUUUUUUUCUUUGUGUGUAUAUAUGAAGUGUUCGUGUUCAAUAAAUUUGUAUUUAAAAAAAUAAA